CCAAGGCUGUCUGAGAGAGCCUGGCCCAGUCACUUCUCCUUAUGCUAGCAAUGUGACAAUGACUUCCAUGAAUCUCUGCUGGGGUGCACCAGUAGGAUUAAACGUCUCCUAUGGCUUAAAUUUCUCAAGAAAUGGACAAAGCACACAACUUGUUACUAGUAACACGUGCAUUAAUGUGACGGGGCUCAACUCUUCCAUCUCCUAUUCAUUCUUUGUGUUUGCAGUCGCUGGAGAUAACAUGACAAUUGGUGAUUCAGUUACCAUCACAGCAUUUACAAAGCCUGGCGCUGUCACUUCUCCUUCGGCAAGCAAUGUGACAACAACUUCCAUUCGUCCUUGCUGGGUUGCACCAGUGGGAGGAAAUGUCUCCUACAGUGUCAAUUUCUCAUCAAACGGACAAAGCACACAACUAAUUACCAAUAACACGUGCAUUAAUGUGACGGGGCUCAACUCUGCAACCUCCUAUUCAUUUAUUGUGAUUGCAGUCGCUGGAAAUAACAUGACAUUGGGGGAUUCGGUUACCAUCACAGCAUUUACAAAGCCUGGCGCUGUCACUUCUCCUUCGGCUAGCAAUGUGACAACAACUUCCAUUCGUCUUUGCUGGGUUGCACCAGUGGGAGGAAAUGUCUCCUACAGUGUCAAUUUCUCAUCAAACGGACAAAGCACACAACUAAUUACCAAUAACACGUGCAUUAAUGUGACGGGGCUCAACUCUGCAACCUCCUAUUCAUUCAUUGUGAUUGCAGUCGCUGGAAAUAACAUGACAUUGGGGGAUUCGGUUACCAUCACAGCAUUUACAAAGCCUGGCCCAGUCACUUCUCCUUAUGCUAGCAAUGUGACAAUGACUUCCAUGAAUCUCUGCUGGGGUGCACCAGUAGGAUUAAACGUCUCCUAUGGCUUAAAUUUCUCAAGAAAUGGACAAAGCACACAACUUUUUACUAGUAACACGUACAUUAAUGUGACGGGGCUCAACUCUUCCAUCUCCUAUUCAUUCUUUGUGUUUGCAGUCGCUGGAGAUAACAUGACAGUGGGUGAUUCAGUUACCAUCACAGCAUUUACAAAGCCUGGCCCAGUCACUUCUCCUUAUGCUAGCAAUGUGACAAUGACUUCCAUGAAUCUCUGCUGGGGUGCACCAGUAGGAUUAAACGUCUCCUAUGGCUUAAAUUUCUCAAGAAAUGGACAAAGCACACAACUUGUUACUAGUAACACGUGCAUUAAUGUGACGGGGCUCAACUCUUCCAUCUCCUAUUCAUUCUUUGUGUUUGCAGUCGCUGGAGAUAACAUGACAGUGGGUGAUUCAGUUACCAUCACAGCAUUUACAAAGCCUGGCCCAGUCACUUCUCCUUAUGCUAGCAAUGUGACAAUGACUUCCAUGAAUCUCUGCUGGGUUGCACCAGUAGGAUUAAACGUCUCCUAUGGCUUAAAUUUCUCAAGAAAUGGACAAAGCACACAACUUUUUACUAGUAACACGUGCAUUAAUGUGCCAGGGCUCAACUCUUCCAUCUCCUAUUCAUUCUUUGUGUUUGCAGUCGCUGGAGAUAACAAGACAGUGGGUGAUUCAGUUACCAUCACAGCAUUUACAAAGCCUGGCGCUGUCACUUCUCCUUCGGCUAGCAAUGUGACAACAACUUCCAUUCGUCUUUGCUGGGUUGUACCAGUGGGAGGAAAUGUCUCCUACAGUGUCAAUUUCUCAUCAAAUGGACAAAGCACACGACUUAUUACCAAUAACACGUGCAUUAAUGUGACGGGGCUCAACUCUGCAACCUCCUAUUCAUUCAUUGUGAUUGCAGUCGCUGGAAAUAACAUGACAUUGGGGGAUUCGGUUACCAUCACAGCAUUUACAAAGCCUGGCCCAGUCACUUCUCCUUAUGCUAGCAAUGUGACAAUGACUUCCAUGAAUCUCUGCUGGGUUGCACCAGUAGGAUUAAACGUCUCCUAUGGCUUAAAUUUCUCAAGAAAUGGACAAAGCACACAACUUUUUACUAGUAACACGUGCAUUAAUGUGCCAGGGCUCAACUCUUCCAUCUCCUAUUCAUUCUUUGUGUUUGCAGUCGCUGGAGAUAACAAGACAGUGGGUGAUUCAGUUACCAUCACAGCAUUUACAAGCUUCUACAGCAGCCUUCCAUUGGUUUCCAAUCCAUGGAAGCUAAAUAGUCCCUCAUCCUUCCAACAGCCUCAGGAGUCUAUCUGCGGCUAUUAUUCCUAG